UAUAAAUACACCCAUAUAUUUCAAACUGGACUGCACAACGUCCCUCUCUUAAGUCUAAUCCUUCUUCAAUAUUCUUUUCUUGCCCCAACCAAGUACUCCAACAGUAAAAUAAAUAUAUACAUACAGUAUGGCAAGCAGUAGUGCUUGUAACAAGUCAUUUUGCGACAACUACAUGUUGCUAAAGCCAGAAGAAUGCAGUGUAUUAGAUUUGGCAAGGAUACUGUUUUCCGGUAAAAAUAUUGGACAAAAAGAUUUUGUAGAUUGCCCUAAUGAUGAAAUGACGACGACUAAGGAGCAUUUGUCCCGUAGAUGGGUUAUUUUCAUUUCCCUUCUAGUCCAGAAGGUUUUAAUAGCAACUGCUAAACCUUUAGCAGGGUUUGGCAAUGCAAUUGAGUACUGGCUUAACCUUCUAAACGUCAAUGGUGGAUUCUUCCGUCUUAUUUUCAACUCCGUAAGAGGUAAAACUGUAAUACCGGAUAAGGAAUCAGCAAAUUUCUUGUCAUUUAUUGGAAAUUUGGAUAAAAGAGUUGAGCUAGUAGAUAAUAGUAGGUGUGUUGAAGAACUUGGAGGACGUAGAGGAUACGAUGAGGCAAUCAGUAUCAUGGCUGCAAAAGCAGCUUAUGAGAACAAAGCAUGUAUUGAAACUACUGUUAAGGAUAAUUGGAAGAUGGAUCUCAUUGGGUGCUUUGACUUCUGGAAUGAUGAUCAACAAAAAGCUACAACACAAGCAUUCGUGCUUCAAGAUAAAAACGUGGAUCCCGAGUUAAUUGUUGUGGCAUUUAGAGGAACCGAAUUCUUCAAUUCUGAUGAUUGGAUCUCAGACUUUAAUCUCUCUUGGUACGAGAUUUCCGGCAUGGGCAAAGUCCAUGCCGGAUUUAUGAAAGCUCUGGGGUUACAAAAGAGCAACGGAUGGCCCAAAGAUAUUGAACAAACUGAUAAUAAUCAGCUAUCUCCAGCCUACUAUUUCCUAAGAAAAUUACUCAAACAACUUCUGGAGAAAAAUGAGAAGGCAAGAUUUCUGGUUACUGGUCAUAGCUUAGGUGGAGCACUAGCAAUAUUAUUUCCAGCAAUAUUGGCAUACCAUGAGGAAUCUUGGCUGUUGAAAAGAUUAGAGGGCGUUUAUACAUUUGGUCAACCAAGAGUUGGAGAUGAAACUUUCGUUGAGUAUAUGAAAGGGCAAUUAUCAAAACAUGAGGUUCCAUACUAUAGAGUUGUAUACAGCAAUGACAUGGUACCAAGAUUGCCAUAUGAUAAUGCUACCUUCGGGUUCAAGCACUUUGGAACUUGCAUCUACUACAAUAGCCUCUACAAAGAAAAAAUUUUAGGUGAAGAACCAGACAAGAAUGGCUUGGCUUUAUUACUGUUUCUACCAAAGAUGUUAAAUGCGGCUUGGGAGCUCAUCAGAAGCUUUAUUCUACCAUGUGUUAAUGGACGAAAGUAUACAGAAGGCGGGCUGCUUCUUUUCAUGAGAGUGGUAGGCUUGAUACUUCCAGGCAUACCUGCUCAUUGUCCCCAGGAUUAUGUUAAUGCUACAAGGCUUGGAUCAUCUGAUCAAUCUUAUGCCAUUGAAAAUGCUGCAAAGUAUCAAAAGAUUGGCUUAGUUCCAGCAUAAUUGUGAAUUACUUAGCGAUUGUUUGUGCGUUUUAUUUUUUUAUUAAUUUGUUUUUCCCUACAUCAAUAUUGUGAGUAGUGUUUAGUAAUGGAAUGUUUAUAUAUUCAUUGAUUUGAACCGUGCCCUUGGAGAAUAAAGCAUGAAAUUUCACUUUA